UGUUAUUUUAUAUACAGUCUAUGUAUGUGACACACUGGGGAAUUUGCAUGAAACUUCAACUCCCAUCUAUCUGACUACUUCCUGAUCAGUGCGCAUGUGCAGUCGCUGAGGGCCGUUAUUGUGUCCUCCUCAAGCUUCAAAUGAACAACAGGCUAAGCCCUCCUGAACACACAUGAAAUAUUAAUCGGGGCACAGAGGUAGGUUUUCGCUCGGCCGACAUUCAUGGAGCGUCUCGGUGUGUAGCUCGUCUCUUCGCCGGGCGGGGUGCUCCUCCGGGGACUGGAAGGCCGAAGACGGUGUUCGGACUGACAGCCCCAUUCCGUUCCGUUCCGUGCAGGCUGUUUGUUUAGCUGCUUAGCCUCCUAGCUAGUUUCCUAGACAGCUGCGAGCUGAGGGGGAGCACAAAGGCCGUCCGAGCGCGUUGGCAGGGCAGAAGAGGAGCUGGUGCUCUGCCCCUCCACCGGCAGAAUGGCACACCUCCGGGACAUGCAGAACCAGAACACCCGUCUGGACCCAGAGGAGUACUUCACCAAGCAGGAGCGCAUUGGGAAGGGUUCCUUUGGGGAGGUCUACAAAGGCAUCAACAACCGCACUAAGGAGGUGGUGGCCAUCAAGAUCAUUGACCUGGAGGAGGCAGAGGAUGAGAUAGAAGACAUUCAACAAGAGAUCACCGUGCUGAGCCAGUGUGACAGUCCCUACGUUACCAAAUAUUAUGGGUCAUACCUUAAGGGGACCAAGCUGUGGAUUAUCAUGGAGUAUUUAGGUGGAGGAUCUGCUCUGGAUCUGCUCCGCCCAGGACCUCUGGAAGAGACGUAUAUCGCCACUAUACUGCGGGAAAUUCUGAAGGGGCUAGAAUAUCUACACUCCGAGAGGAAGAUUCAUAGAGACAUCAAAGCUGCCAACGUGCUUCUGUCGGAGCAAGGGGACGUGAAGCUGGCAGACUUCGGGGUGGCGGGACAGCUGACGGACACGCAGAUCAAGAGGAACACAUUUGUGGGCACGCCUUUCUGGAUGGCUCCAGAGGUCAUCAAGCAGUCGGCCUAUGACUUUAAGGCGGACAUCUGGUCUCUGGGAAUCACUGCCAUCGAGUUGGCCAAAGGGGAACCCCCCAACUCUGACCUACAUCCCAUGAGGGUGUUAUUCCUCAUUCCUAAGAACACUCCUCCCACGUUGGAAGGUCCCUACAGCAAACCAUUCAAAGAGUUUGUGGAGGCUUGUUUAAAUAAGGAUCCCCGAUUUAGACCCACAGCUAAAGAGCUGCUGAAGCACAAGUUCAUCACUCGAUACACCAAGAAAACGGCUUAUCUGACGGAGCUGAUAGACCGCUACCGCCGCUGGAAGUCAGAGGGACACGGAGAGGAGUCCAGCUCGGAUGACUCAGACAUGGAUGCUGAUGGAGAUGGAGACCAGUGUCCCAUGUGGACGUUCCCCACUGUCAGACCCAGUUCAAUGAGCCAGUUACAGAUGGACUACACACAUUCAGAAUCAGAGUCAGGAGACUCCAUGAAGAGACAGCCCAAGUCCCAGUGCCUGUCUGCUUUGGUAACGCCCAUCUUCAGAGAACUGAAGGACAAGCGGCGAGUGAGCGGCGGGGCAGCAGGAGCCAUAGAGGAGCUGGAGAACGCCUUCAACCUGGCAGAGGAGUCGUGUCCGGGCAUCUCUGACCGCCUGGUCACGCACAUGAUGGAGAGAGUGUGCAGGUUCUCUUUAAACGGAAACACCACUCCGUCUUCACGGUGAAAUGGACUGGAUGUGAUGAGCGCCGGCCCUUUGUUCUGUUGUCAGAUAAAAUGAGCCCUACUGCCCCUCCCCCUCAGAGAUCUUUUAAUUAGCUAUGACUAAAUAUUUUUAAAGUUUUCCUUCCAGAGAGGAGAGUAUUUAAGAGAAAAAGCCAUGACCCUUAAGAGCGUUGUCUGCCUGUUAGACUGAGACUGCGAUAAUAAACUCCACAGAAAAUGU